CUGCCACAUUUUCCAGUGCCGUGAACUCGCGAUACCUAUCGAAGCCCCACAGCAUGCAGAAGACAAGAUUCCUGGCAUUCGCAGUUGUUCUAAUCAGCUAUACAAUAUCCCCAGUGCUAGGUCAGCUUCCACCUUGUGCCCAAACUUGUUUCGAGACAGCUCUGCAGAACCAGAAUGAGUGCACGCCAGAUAACAUUCCAUGCAUAUGCACCUCGCCUUCUGUCAAUGCAGCAAUACAAGGCUGUGUAGGUACAACUUGUACUGUCCGGGAGGCUUUAGUUGCGGUCAACGGGACGAGCACAAUGUGCGGCGCCCCGACGCGCGAUAAAAGCGAUGUGUUGUUAAACGCUGCAAUUGCUUCAGGGGUUGUGGCCUUUGUGGCUGUCACCAUGCGUAUGAGCGUUGCAUUCAUGGCACGUAGUUUUAGGUGGGAUGAUGCAUGCGCGCUUGCAGCAUGGUUGACAUCCAUACCUUUGACCGUGCUACAAUUUAUCACGCCUGGUCUCGGUCUUGGAAGAGACACCUGGACGCUGGCACCAACGAACAUCACGAAAAUUUUGAAAUUAAUUUUCAUAUCGCAAGCGGGCUACUUCAUCUGCAUCGGCUUCACGAAACUGACUUUUCUGUCCUUCUUCCUCUACAUCUUUCCCUCCGAAGGCGUACGCAAAAUCGUGUUCAUUCUUAUGGGUAUCACUGUAUGCCAUUCUCUUGGAUUCGAGCUUGCUCUAAUCUUUGGCUGUAAACCAAUACACGCCACAUGGACUGGUUGGAUGAAAGAGGAGCCAAUCGACUAUUGUAUGAAUCAGAAUGCCUUUAUCUAUGCUGGAGCUGGAACCAAUCUCGCAAUUGACCUGGCGGUACUGGUGACGCCGAUUACUCAGCUGGUCAAGCUGAAACUUAGUCUCAGGAGGAAGCUCUUUCUGAUUUCCAUCUUCAGUGUUGGUGCCUUGACAAUGGUUAUAUCGUGCAUCCGCAUUGGGUCUAUCGCCACCUACGGCAACUCAGCAAAUCCCACAUUCGACAGCUUGGAAGCUGCUGUCUACUCAGUUGUCGAGCAGAACGUAGGAGUGAUAUGUAUCUGCAUGCCCAUGUUUAGGCGUUUCCUCUCCUCCAUCGCUCCAAAAUGCUUUGGCAGUUCGCACGACGAGUCAGAUUAUAAGUACCACAAUGAUGAUACGCCCAACGCCAGGAUUCCCGAUAGGAAAUCCAGUAGCAACAAACCAAAGAAGGCGACCUUGAGCGACAGUCUCUUUCAGUCACAUAUAACAAAAACCACGGAUACAAGAGUCACGUCGGAGCAGAUGGAAGAUGAGGUGUGUCUGGUUGAGCUGCAACAGGCGAGGGUUAAGGACGCACCAGUGGGUACGAAUCAUGCCGUAAUGUAA